AGUAGUAAGGCUGACGGCUCAGGUGUUAGUCCCGUGGACGCGACGCUCCCACGACUCUCCACACGGCCAGCGAGUGACGCGCGACCCCCACCUGGAGGGGUGACCAUGACAACUGCCCGACGGACGCCUGGCAGCAACGAGAGACUAUCUGCGAGGAGUUGUUUAUCGCAGACUGUUACCCGCGGCGGGCAAGCACCAGUGCCCGCGCCCGAGGAGACUGUGUCAAGCCAGUGACAGUGACAGUGCACUACGGAGAAAGGCAGCUCACUACCCCGGAAGCCUACACUUGAGUGUCCUGCGUGGUGCGCGGAGCGGAGGGUCACUAUGUCCGCCCUCUACCUCCCGUCGGAGAUGAAGGAGGGGCGGGCGCCCUCCUACGUCUCCCUCAACAAGGACUUCAUCCUUCUGAAGCCCAACAAGCCAGGGCAGCUGCUGCGCGGGCCGCGACGCGUGGUGCGGCUGUGUGUGUUCGCGCUCUUGCUGCCCGCGGUGCUCAUCACCGUGCCCCUGUACGUGCGCUUGGUGCUGUACCCCCCCGCCCACUACCCCAUGAUGCCCACAGACCAGCGCCUCCUCUCCCGCCACGCCUCCUCCUUCUGGUGCCAGGCCCAGUCCACACACAUGAACGGCUCCUUUACCAGCUACCUGACGAGGGGCAGGCCUGAGCUGCGGCCUGACCGACGCACCUACGUCAUGCUGAACCACCUCAAGGCGCGGGACGACGUCAAAGAGUACUGGGGCUUCUACCUGCUGCGGGGCUCCACCGUCACCAUCUCCUCGUGCGCCAGAUGGUCGGGCGGUCAGCUCAUGAUCCUGAGAGGCGUGGAAAACCUGCACCGCUGCGCUUGGAUAGGAGAGAAGGAUUCCGCUGAAAAUUUGGCCGAGGACGAUGACGACAUCAGCAACGAGCGUCACCGGCAGGAGGAUCUGGCAAGGGCGCGGAGACCCAGUGUAUACCAGGCCCCCGAUGAUUACAGCGACCCCGAAGCAGGCAUUGGUGCCGAGGCCACCGGUCCUGAGGCCCAGCCCCUACACUCCGAGGAGCGGCGGCAGGGCAUCACCAAGCUGCUGCGGAAAGCUCUCAAAAUGAGCAAAGACAAGAGUGAAAUCUUGAAGAUCCUUCAUUCUGAAGGUAAAAAUCGAAAUUCCCUGAAGGUCAAACAAGAUGGUGACUUAACUUUCAAGAACAACACAAAUUCUUCAGCAAAAGUUAUGUUGGCGGAUCAAGCAACGUCCCAAGAUGGAGAAGCCAGUACGUCAGGCGGCGGACCGACGCCCACCGAGGACAGUGACCUCAUGACACCGAGCACGCCACGCCGGCUGAAGAAAAAUAGAAGACUGAAGGACGAUCUCAGGCAGCGGCGACUCAACAAGAGGAGGAGGAAGAAGGGCAACACCAGAGACAAGAACCUUACAGAAGAGGAGCUGCCUGCCAAGACAAGACUCAGGCGAGACGCGGAGGAGGAGGAGGAAGACACAGAUGGAGCGUUUGAAGAGCUGGACACAGAGGACGUCCUGGACAUGCUGACUGACGGUGAGCCCCGCAAGACCCCCGCAGAAGAGAGGGCUCUGGGGGCGCAGGUAUUUUUCCCGGAAGGGCUGAAAUACGAGAGAGGAACAGUCAACCAAACCACGGCCAACGACAACUCUCGGGAGGAACAAGUGUCUUCCUUCUCCAGCAGCGAGGAGGCCCUGGCGAGCUGCGAGGGCGUCAUCAUCAAUUUGCAGUUGGUGCCCUACAGGAGGUGCAAUUACCAGAGUCUCGAGCUAAACAAGAUCUCCUACGACAUCCCCAUCACCGGCACCUACUACUUCGUCUUCUCCAGCGACAACGAGAUCUACGUGAACGACAUCUACUUCAACGUGACCAUGGAGCGCGUGGUGUACAACGUCAGCAAGAGAGAGGAAAUGUGCACCAACACCACAGACUGCCUCAUGCCCCUCAGCUUCUGGUCCAACGACCAGACCGUGGUGGAGGUGCCCCCCGAGGCCACCUGGGACCAUUCCUACGUGAUGGACGUGAAGUGCGAGCCACGGGUGUACAUCUACCUAAGCUUCCUGCUGCUGGUGCCGCUGCUCAUCAUGUGCUGUGCCUUCUACUGAGCCUCUCGCGUCCACUGCAUCCAGGAGCCAGUAUGUCAGUGUGAUCAUGUGGGAACCUGCUUGGUCUUGCCUUUGUGGUAAUUAUGUAUCAGCUUCCAGGGCUCAGCAAAUCAUGGGAAGUUUUGCUACCAGGUGACUUUAUCUCUGGCCAGCAGCUCCCUAUUCCUUCUCCAGUUAGGCGAAGAGGCGGCAACGUUUAUCACGUCGGUUGGUGUGAUGAUAUUCAUUAUACCGACAGGCGGACGCUUCUCUUCACACACUACGUCACGUAACCUCAACCUGUGGUGCUUCUAGGUUAAGUUAGAGUUAAGGAAUGAGUUAUGAGUGCCGCACCCGGAGAUCCUCGCCCCUUCCCCGUCAGGGACGCGCACCAUUGCUGUAUCGUUAGCUAAAGCUCGUUAUGUGUGAAGACCCUCAUCCCUCAUCCUCCACCCCCGUGCCCUCAUCCCUCACCGGUACACCUGGUUCUCACACUCAAGUGCCGCUCAGCCUGCCUUCCUCCUGCUGCCAAGGCAUCUGCAGCUCUUCAGGCCAGUGUGUGUGGCGGCCAGGUGUUGCCUCAGCUCCUCACAUUGACGUUAAGACCUAUCUGAUCUAUGUAUGUAUGCAUCACACUCUUGUAACUGUGUGUGUGUGUGUGUGUGUGUGUGUGUGUGUGUGUGUGUGUGUGUGUGUGUGUGUGUGUGUGUGUGUGUGUGUGUGUGUGUGUGUGUGUGUGUGUGUGUGUGUGUGUGUAUGUAUGUAUGUGUGUGCGUGUCUCGGCGGGCAGCGGGAGGUCCCCAAGGUGCGGCACGGCGGGGAGGGUAACUGUCUGUGUACGUGCAAGACGCAUUUCACUGACGAGUUCUAUGAUAUGAAUGUCCUCUGUGUUAUUUUCACUCAUACGUGUAUAUAAUGUGACCAAGGGAGGGCUCUGCUUCCCCGAGCCCGGCCCCGCCCGAGAGAAAGACGGCACUGUGAACCCCUACUAUUGUUAUUCUGUCCUACCGCGUCUCUCACUCCAUGUCGGGUCGUCUUCUGUGGGGAGCGACGUUAAGCUGUUGAAUAUACAAUAAACUUUGUUAUAUUA